AUGCCAGGUGUUCCUUUCGACGCGUUCACCAACCUGAAGGCGAAGCUCAGGGCUGCCUUCAAGAAGCCCACUGAGAAGAGGGCGUCCAAGCCCGUCGACCACGCUAAGCCCACCGAGGCUGCUGCCGAUGCCGCUCAGCACGACCCUGUUGCCGCUGCCGCUCCUCCUGCUCCUGCCAAGGAUGCCACCAAGCCCGCUGCUGCUGCUGCUGCCGCUCCCGGUGCCGUCGAGCUAGCUGCCAACGAGGCCCCUCAAGAAGCCCCCAAGGAGGCUGCCAAGGAGGAGACUCCCGCUGCCGCCCCCGCCGCCGCCCCCGUCGAGGUUUCUGCCGAGCCCCCCGCUGCCAAGGCUGUUCCGGCCGAGAGCGCCGCUCCUGCCGCCGUUGCCGCUCCUGCUGAGGAGAAGAAGGAGGAGGAGAAGGAGGAGAAGAAGGAUGAGAAGAAGGAGGAAGCUGCUGCUGCUGCUCCUAGUGAGAACACCCCCGUUCCUAGCGUAACCCCCGCUCCUGAGGUCGCUGCACCUGCGGUAGAAGCCCCCGAGGUUGCCGCUGCCCCUGAAGUUGCUGUUCCCGAGCAGAAGAAGGAGGAGGAGAAGAAGGAGGAGAAGGAAGAGGCUUCUUCUCUUCCCGAGGUUGUCAGCGCCCCCUUUGAAAUCCCCGAGAUCGCCGCCCCCGAGUUUGCUGGUGCUCCGGUUGCUGCUGCUACCGAGGCUGCCGCUGUGCCCGUGGCUGUCGUUGAUGAGAAGGAGGCUGUUGCCGUCCCCGCUGCUCAUGAAGUCAAGAAGGUUGUGGAGGAGGCUUCCGCUGCCCCUGCUGAGACUGAGACUCCUGCUCCUGCAGCUGCCGUCGCCGAGCCUCCUGCUGCUGUCGCCGCUCCCGCCGAGACUGCUGCCCCCGCCGCCCCCGUUGCCGAGGAGAAGAAGGACGAGGAGAAGAAGGAGGAGGCUGCUGCUGCUACCACCGCUUAA